AUGGAUUAUUCGACCUCGAUUAAUGACGCUGAUAACCCAGCGGGUGCCUCUCCAUGGGGUUCCUCGCCGGUGGCAUCUCCCAGACAUGCAAGGAAUACCGCUUAUGGAAACUCAGAGGAGACACCACAAUCACCCAUACCGUACGGCACGAAUCAGCAAUCCAACGGAGCAUUUUCAGGAGACGAAACAAUGGCUGGCGGUGUUUACAACAGACCAGAGAGUAGCACCGAGACAUAUUCGGCAACGGACGGCGAGAGUCAAAGGCCUGAUACAGCAGACUCUACCCCUCAAACCCAAGCGGAACAGAGAUUACCUACUCAACAAGCACCAGUACAGCAGCAACAACAGCACCGAUCCGAACCUCAGCGAUACCACUCGAGUGCGCGGCAGGCGCAUCAACAACAACCUCAAGGACCCCAAUACAAAUUACAAGCCAAGAUUACUGGCCUUGAACGGACUGGGAGGAAAGACCCAAUCCUGCGAUUCGAUGUACAUACCAAUCUUCCAAAAUUCCGAACAACCCAGUUCCGCGAUGUCCGAAGAACACAUUCUGAAUUCAUCAAACUUGCCGACCACUUAAUAUCAUCGAACCCUGAAGCGAUUGUCCCGGCAGUACCACCAGCGCUAACAUCGGCUGGAGCUGGAACGGAUGAGGAUGAGGCACGCGUGAAAGCAUCUCUGCAAAGAUGGCUGAACUACGUUUGUUCAAACGAAGUGUUGAUGAAGGAUGAUGAAAUGGUUCUUUUCGUGGAGAGCGACUUUGGCUAUAGCCCAAUGUUAAAAAGAAAGCAACCGGCGACCGGCGUCAGAAGACGAGUAAUCAAACAAUUUGCGCCUCCUCCUGAUGAUACACCAGAAUUGCAAGAUGCAAGACCUGUGGUGAAACUUUUCUAUCUUGGUACGAUGGACGCAGGUCACAAGGUAGACAAGCUAGUAAAAGCGCGAAGAGGCUUGGGACUUGCCGAGUCCGACUUCGGCGUGAAACUUGGAGCGAUGAAUGUUCAAGAACCACAUUCUGGUCUCGCGAACGCUUAUCGAAAGCUGGGCAAAACGAUACAAACCACUGGAGACUACCACGCUGCACAGGGUACAGCUGAGGCGACUACUAUUGGGGACCCUCUGCAGUAUCACUCCCAGGAUGCUUUCAUUGUCAAAGAAACCUUAACCAACCGCCACAUUCUCCUCCGCGAACUCCUGCAAGCCCAACAGCUAACCAGGAGCAAGCUGAGCGCUGCAGACAGGCUUAAGGCAAGCUCAUCUGUACGACGAGAUAAGGUGGAUGAAGCUAUUUCUGCAUUGGACGAGGCACGGAGCAACGAGCUUUACCUACUAGGGAAGACGCAGCGUGUGACUUCUAAUCUACUUCAGGAGCAGCGCCGUUGGUUUGCAAGAACAGCCGCAGAUUUGCGACUGAGUAUCAGAGAAUACGCUGUAAGGGAGAUCGAGGCAGAACGACGCACACUAGCAACGUUAGAGACGAUCAGGCCCGACAUCCGGGCCAUCGAUUCUUCCGGUGGCUUGAGUCGACUUGGACGCGAGGCGCAUCCUGCGGCGCGACGUGCCAGUUUAGCGGCGAGUCAAGGGCCAAAGGGGGAUGCAUGGAGCGGUGUACCCCGGCGCCCUGAUGGCCUCAACAGAAGCAUAUCAGGCAGUUUCAUGGCCAACGUCGCUGAGGAUGCCAACGGAGAAGAUGAGCAGGUACCGGGACGUGCCCGUGCUCUCAGCGGUGGGAGUAUAGGAGGUCUUAAGGGGGUCAAGGAGGAAGAUGAUGAGGAUAGAGUUGAUGCACGGAACGCUGCAUCUCGGCUCGCAACGAGGUAG